CAAACAACUGAAACUGAAACUGAAAUUAAAACCAGCAAAACCGAAAUUCUUAUUUAUCAACUCUUCAAUUCUCUUCUUAUUAUAUAACUUGCUAUUUUCUCUUCACUUGUUAAAUAUUCUAAAGAACCAAAACCAAGAAAUGGGGAGUCUCUUAGUACCAGAUGUUGUUCCUUCUCCAAACCAGGACGCUGAAACACUCAGGAAUUCCUUCAAAGGAUAUUUUUUCGGACUGGGAACUGAUGAGAAGGCGAUAAUAACGGUUUUGGGACAUAGAAAUGCAAGCCAGAUGAAGAAAAUCAAAGAAGAAUAUGAGCAGCUUUAUAACAAAUCCCUUAUUGAUGAUCUUCAUUCUGAAUUAUCUGGUGAUUUCAGGAAAGCGGUGAUCCUCUGGGCUUAUGAUCCUCCUGAAAGAGAUGCGAGGCUAGUGAAUGAGGUCUUAAAUUCAUGGAUACAUGACAUAACCCGCCUGCAAGUGAUAGUAGAGAUAGCUUGUGCAUCAACUCCUGAUCAUCUUGUUGCUGUGAGACAAAAAUACUGUGACCUCUUUGGCUGCUCACUUGAAGAGGAUAUCAUUGCACAUGUCUCUCCUCCAGUCCAAAAGGUACUAGUCAGUCUAGUCAGUUCCUACAGAUAUGACAAGGAAUUGGUCGACCAUAGUACUGCUAAUCUAGAGGCUUCGAAGCUUCAUGAAGCCACUAGAACAAAACAAUUAGAUUGUGAUGAACUCGUCCUGAUACUCAGCACAAGGAACAUGCAUCAGCUUAAGGCAACUUUCCAGUGCUAUAAGCAAAACUAUGGAUUCUCCAUUUAUCAGGAUAUAUCGAAUUGCGGUGAAGGUCUUUCAGAAUCUAUCUGGAAAGUGGUUAUCUUGUGCAUAGAAUCCCCAGAGGAGCAUUUUGCUGAGGUCGUAAAGGUCUCCACCGAGGGGCUAGGAACUGAUGAGGAUUCUUUGACUAGAGCCAUUAUAACUAGAGCUGAAAUUGAUAUGAUCAAAGUUAAGGAAGAAUAUGUCAAAAUGAAGAAUACUACUCUUGAAUAUGCUGUAGCUGAUGACACAUCAGGUUACUACAGGGAGUUCCUGAUGACCCUGCUUGGGGCCAAUGACACUAGCUUCUAGUGUUUGUAUCCUUCAUUAUUGGUAAUAUCAAGAGGCUUGUGGUUAUAUAUAUUGUGAUUCAACUUUGUUUGGUUUGAAGUUGCUGUAUCACUAUUGGUGAGGGUGAUCUUUGAUAUUUGCAUUUGCAGUAGAAGAAGAAUGAUUGUGUACCUUGAUUGUCUGGCACUUUGUUUCUGAAUAAAUGUUGGUCUUUCAGUUCUA